CUCUUCAAACAUGACUAACAGAGGCAGCGACAGCAUAAACUUUGUGUAUAUUGACUGAAUGGUUUUGUCGGGAAACUCUACCAUCAGAGCAAGCACCAUAAUAAUAUUGUCAUUCAUCGUGCGGGCACCGUACGAGUUGGUUGAAAAAUAUUCCGUUUAAUAUUCUGAAAAAUCAACUGGUUCAAGAAUCUGUGUGCAGUUAAAGCAUAAAGAAAUGUUUAAAAAUACACCUUUAUCGAAUACGGUAUCCGCGAAUAUGGAUGUUAAUAUUUAAAAAGACGUUGGUUUCUUGAUAAAAUUCAACAUAAAAAGGAAUUUUGCACUGUAACAUUCUUGUGUGCGAAAGACGCGUGAACAUAGGAUAAUAUUUCUUUUCAUUUUUUUGUUUCUUUUUCGUUGAAAGGAAGAGUUGUUGAAAUCGUGACUGAGAUACGUAAAAGAACGACAACUUUUUUCUGGUUAUUAGAUGGAAUUUAGUGUAUUAAAAUCGAUAAAAGAUUCCAAACGGUGAGAGUUCGUAUUCCAGAAGUAGCGAUAAUUAAAGUUAUUUCCUGAAACCGUCGACCGGCAAAAAAUACUUCCAUAACAAUAUUUACUAAGGAAUCCGAGUCGCAACUGGACGGAAAAUAAACUACUAGUACAGGAUUUGUAGUGCAAAAUUUAAUUGUUUUUAUUAAUCUAAAUUGUCGUCGAAAUAGUUUGCCUAAGCAAAAUGAGCAAACUAAUUGUUGCAUAUGAGAAUGUGUUCGGUGUUGUCGCAAUUUUCGCGAUUUUAGUGGUUGGUGUGAACGGCGGCACAUGUCGGGAGGCUACGUUGUGUUGCAAUGGUCGAGAUUCGUCGUGUGUUGUGCAGAAGGCUCCAAUUAAUGCCAUUAUCGAGGACUUGAACGAUAAACCGUGCUAUUGUGAUCAUGCUUGCUUAAAAUUAGGCGAUUGUUGUGAAGAUUUUAAGCAACAUUGCGGAGUUAUCGAUUGUACAGUGAGCGAAUGGGGUGUAUGGAGCGAUUGUGAUACAUUAUGUGGAACUGGUAUUAUGUCAAGAACGAGGAAAGUGAUAAACUCACCAACGAAUGGAGGUAAACAUUGUCCGUCGCUGGUUCAGAAACGAGGCUGUCAAGGUUUUAAAUGCCACAGUCACUCUGAUCGAAGAGUCCAACGCGAAAUGGCACUGCUUUUACCAGCGGAAUUAUCAAAGAGUCGGCAUGAAAAUGACACAAGUGAUAUUAGACGAAAUCUGAGGUUGCGGUACUCGGAUUCAUUUAAACACAAUAGAGAACAUGAAUACUGCGUCGAAUUUGAAGUAAUUAAAGCGUCAAAGGCUUGCCGUAAAAUUCCACCAUAUAAUCAGCUUGCUGAAGGAGAUCGGGUCGUUAUUCGCUGUGAUUUAGAAGCUCAACAACAUGAAACAAUCACAACGGAAAUAACCGAUAAUUCAUCAAUACAGGACGAUGAACCGAAAGCAAAAUUUCGUUGCCGUGGCGAAGGACUACCCGGUAGGAAUACACAUUGGAGCGCAUUAGCUGUGCCAUCAUGUCGUGGCAAAUGGCUUCGACUGACUGUGGGUCAACCAAAAAAAUGCAAAGAAUCACAAUUCAUUUUUAUAUAAAGAAAGAAAAAAACAAGUUGGUUACAAUCAAAUCCAAUAUGUGCGCGUCAUGUGCGGUUAUUCUUUGUUCUCUUAAUUGCAACUUUGUUUAAUUAAAUGUUUUAGUUUAAGAUA